CUGGUCCGCAAUGGAAUCUGCUGACCUAUACACCGGCGGGAAGCCAGUGAGCUCAGCUAUUCUUCCAGCGAUGACCGUUGACUAAAUCGCCUCUCGAAACUCUGAUCCCUAGCUCAGAGCCUCGGUGGUGGCCGGAAUGGACCUUGCCUUACUCAUAGGAGCUCCAGUGGGAGGGAGAUGGUACCGACAGCUUUGCCCGUUCGAGAGGUAAUGCGGUGGCUGGCCAUGCUAUGUACCCUGUGCUGCCUUGCUCUUUAGUCUGGUACCCGGUUCGUCCGUGAGAUGCCUGUGCCCUCCCCGGCCCAUACAUAUUCACUUUUGUCCCGCGUAUCUGGUUGUGUGAGAUUCUUCCUGCUUUCUUCCUGAAUAGCUGACCCUUGCCCAUCGGGAUUGUCUCCGUGUCCGUGACGCAAAGAAAGAAUACUAGGCAGACAUCAGGAGCAAAGAAGACGGCAAUAGACGAACAGCCAAAGCAAGGAAACCAGCCAGCAGAGACGAAGAGAAACCGUCCUCGCAAUGGGCGCAGGCGCGUACCUUGAGCCGCUGGCCGUCAUAGUCCUCCUCUUCGGCGGGGCCUGGAUCAACCGUGCGCCAGACUCCUUCUCGUCCUCGCGGAGCCCUCUCACCUUCUCGUUCGAGGAAGACGACGACGAUGUCCCUGACCUUCCGCUCGCUCGCGCGGUCGACGGCGGCGCAGAUGCCGACGUCGAAAACCUCCACAUCUCCCGAUCAAAGAGAUCACUAAGCCCAUCUCUGUUACCAAGUCAAGAGGACAAAUGGCGGGAGCGGGAGGUGAAGAUACCUGUGUUGGGGUACCGGAGGGUGAUCCAGACACCGAAUACAGCAGUUUUCCGGCAUAGACUGCUGAGCAGAAUACUGCACAAGUUCCCCUUCUUGGUAGAGGCCUGGUAUUGGGCUCUGAUAUAUUGGGUCUACCAGCUCGGCCGCGCAUUCACUGCCGUCACGUUAGUCGAAGGUACAGUCCACGUUGCGCGCCGACAUGCGCUGCAGGUGAUCGAACUCGAACAGCGCCUGCACAUCUUCUGGGAACUCCCCGUCCAGAAGUUCUUCCUGUCCUAUCCACACCUGAUGAUGUGUAUCAAUUGGCUGUACAGCUUUAUUCACAUCCCAGGAACCAUCGCUUUCUUGGUGUGGCUGUACUACUACACGAUUACCAGAAACCGUCUUAUUCAACGCCGCGCAGCUGCUCAGUCAGGCGAAAAUGGGAGCGACGUUGGACCGGCAGGAUCGCCUUCGGGACCGUGGCUCUACGAGGCGCGCAGGCGGACAAUGGCAGUCUGCAACUUGCUUGCAUUCGUCGUUUUCACGCUCUGGCCGUGUAUGCCGCCUCGAUUGCUGAGUGAUCCUGAAUACGAUGGGCCUCAGGCCGAGAUCGCCAAGAGCUUCGGGUUUGUUGAUACCGUGCAUGGCAAAGAAGGCGCAAGUUCGGUGUGGACGCAGAAUCGGUUCUGCAAUCAAUAUGCGGCAAUGCCCUCGCUGCACUUUGGCUACUCCCUCCUGAUCGGCGUCACCAUCAUGACGAUCCCGCUUGCUCCCCAGCACUCGCAGCCCUGGAAGAUCGUCCAUCUUCCGUUCUUCAACAACUCCCACCCCAACCUUGCCCCUCACAUCCGGCUGCCCAGCACGCGGCGGAUGCUCUGCCUUGCUCUCGGGUUCUUGUACCCCUUCUCUAUCCUGACCGCCAUUGUCGCGACCGCGAACCAUUUCAUCCUCGACGCGGUUGCGGGCUCCAUCGUGUGCUUCGUGGGCUGGAAAUUCAACGAUGUACUCCUCAACCUGCUUGUGGUUGAGGAUUGGUUCCUCUGGUGCGUGAGGAUCCACAAGCCUGUCCAGGUGCCGCUGGGGGCCGAAAGGCAGGCCAAGGCAUCGGGGUUGGGGAUUAAAGAGAAGGAAGGCUGGGAGCCGGAGAAGACGACCGCCGUGGUGAAUGCCGCUUGAAGCCGACCUCGUUGCCAAACAGGAACUCGGCAAGCGCGCAACAUUUCCCGGCCGAAGUGGUACAAGUCUCCCGGGGCCAGUCUGAAGGCCACCCCGCGAACCACGAUCGAUUAAAGAGGUCGGUCAAGCCAAAGAAUCCAGUCCAUGGACGUCUCUGCGGAAAGAAACUCAAAUCGCCCGGCUCGCCUUCUUGGAGACGCCAGACAGUACAACUCUCAGCCCCUGAUCCGCCAGAACGGCGUGGUACCCGGGUGCGAAGAUGCGAAGCUCAACGCAUCAACCAACUCAUUCAAGCCUGCCGCUGUACAAACUCCCUUUUCUACUACUGGGUUCCCUUUGCUCUUCCAUGACCACGACAAACGAAACGCAGACCUGCAUAGAUUAUUGCUACACACGAGCGUCGGCCGGAUUAGGUGCAUAUAGACGUCUUUCUUCUUGUUGUUACGAGGCGUUGAACGAUGUGACGAUUUCACGACACACGGCGGCAAGGAGGCUGCGUUCUCCGUUGUGCGUUUGUGAUGCUGCAUAUGAGGUGUUGAAGGCGUGGAUCUGAUAACGUACCUUAUGGAUCAGGGACGAAGUGAAGUGAGAGAGACGUCUGAUGAAAACUCCUCCGUUUGCAGUCGAGAGUGGGAUAUGGACCUUGGUACGCGCCGCUCGUGUCAAUGCCUCUGCUAUGUGUGUACCCCGAGUGCAUAUCCCGCAGCUAUCCUCGGUGCAUACCAGCGAGAGUGUGAAGGGGGCUUCCAAGGGACAAGACACAAUGUACAUGUAAUGUUUAAUGAGAGGCCAUGGACAUUCUAAUAAUUCCGAUCCUAUCUGACAAUCUAAUCCUGGUUCCCUG